AUGGUGCAAGAACAGGCAAUUUUGAGUUGUAUUGAGCAGACUAUGGUUGCUGAUGCUAAAGUUAUUAAGCAGGCAGAACAACAGCUAUUUGAGUUCCAAAAGCAACCUGGUUUUACUUCCUUUUUGCUCAAUAUUGUGUCUGAUGAAAAUUUUGCGUUGAACGUUCGCCUUUCGUCUGCUAUUUAUUUGAAGAAUAAGAUUCACAGAUCAUGGGAUACUAAGAGAGAAGAUGGCAUAAGGCCGGAUGAAAAGUUUUCCAUCAAGGAAAAGUUGAUCGAGACUUUAGUCAAAAACUGUGAAAAUAAUCACAUAAGACCUGUUUUGGCUGAAACUAUAAAUGGGAUACUUGUCGGCCAGGAAGACUGGGAUUUAGCACCCAUCAUCAAAAAUCUGUUAUCCAGUGGAGACGUAACAUAUAUUUACCCCGGACUGUUGCUAUUGUUCCAACUUUGUAAAGCUCACAGAUGGGACAUGAUUGGUUCAAGAGAUUAUGUAGACUCUGUUAUAGAAGAGCUCUUCCCCAUUGUGGAGAGUAUAGCCUCUAACUUUGGUAGCCAGACAGAUUACAGGUCUAAUGAAAUGUUAUAUCUGAUUUUGAAAUCGUUCAAAUACGCGUGUUUGAACAACUUACCUCAAUACUUCAGCCAACCUGAAAGAAUUAUGUCAUGGGUGCAAUUACAUUUGUAUUUAUGUUCCAAGCCAUUACCUGCUGAAGUAAUGGAAGUAGAUAUUGCAGAUAGGUCCCUAGACAAAAGAGUCAAAGUCAACAAAUGGGGGUUCGGUAACUUAAACAGAUUUUUGCAGAGGUACAACAAGGUCACAAAGGCUAUCACCGAGGAAUUUGUUGACUAUAUCUUUAAUAUGAUUGUUCCCGUAAUUCUUCGAGAAUUUUUCAAAGAUAUUGAAGCCUGGGGUAAUAAUUCUUUAUGGCUUUCAGAUUCCUCAUUAUAUUUCUUGAUUUCAUUUUUGGAAAAGUGUGUUACAAUUGAUCAGCUAUAUCCUUUGAUUGAGCCACAUUUACAGAUUAUUUUUGAAAAUGUCAUCUUCCCAUGUUUGUGUGCUAAUGAACAAUCCAUCGAAUUAUUAGAAGAUGAUCAAGAAGAGUAUACUAGACGUUAUUUCGACAUUAAUAGAGAAGGCUCUACACCAGACGCAGCCUCAGCAGAUUUCAUAUUCUUGAUUGGGUCCAAACGUCCUGAAAAAUUGAACAGUAUCCUACCGUUCAUUAACGAUAUUUUCACCAAAUUUGAUGCCAAUAUUAACGAUAUGAACAUGGCCUUUAAAGAAGAAGGUGCUUUGAGAACAUUAUCUAAUUUGUUUUCAUUUAUAGAUGAACCAACUGUUUUGGAAAACAUUUUUGGACACUUUAUCGUGCCAUUGCUAUCUCAGGAUAAGUACAUGUUUCUGGUUGCACGAAGUUUGGAAACCAUAGCUCUGUACUCGGAGGAAUUCAAAGAUAUGAACGUCUUGUCUCAAUUAUUUGAAUCAACGUACACCAACUUCUUAAACAGUAGUGUUUUACCGGUGCAAAUUGAAGCUGCCGACGCCAUCAAAUGCUUGAUUGUAUCUAAUCCUCAAAUCCAUCCUGCAGUUUCUGCACAUGUUCCAGUCAUGAUGGAAAAGUUAUUGAAGCUGUCUAAAAUCUUUGAAAUCGACAUUCUUUCCGAAGUUAUGGAGGCAUUAGUGGAAAGAUUCUCAGAUGAACUAUCGCCAUUUGCUAAAGAUUUAGCGUCGAAUUUAGUCGAACAGUUUUUACGUAUCGCUCAAGCACUGGUAGAAAAUCCAUCUGAGACGUACAGCGCAAGUGAUCAAGAGCAAGAGAUUCAAGCCAGUGGAUUGUUGCAAACAAUGACUACUAUGGUCAUGUCGAUGAAUAAGGUUGCAUUGAUCGAAUCCUUAGCUCCCGUGGUUAAGUUUGUCGUACUUCAUGCACAGAUUUCCUUUAUUACUGAAGCGGUCGAUUUACUAGACGCUUUAACUAUUUCGUCGCAUCUACUUUAUAACCAGAUCGCUCCUCCAAUAUGGGAAUUGCUACAUGAUAUAUUGGAUUCUUUUCAAACUUACGCCAUGGACUAUUUUGAGGCAUAUAGUAUUUUUUUCGAAACUAUUGUUAUGACCGGCUUCCCGCAAGAUCAAACUUAUGUGCAACCUUUGCUGGAGAUCCUGUCCGCUAAACUGGAAAGUGAGGUUGAUUACGAUAUUGAACAUGUUAUGCAGAUCCUAAUGUAUUUCGCAUUAUCCAUGAGAGACAUCCCAUUAUUCAGUAAGUCCAUCAAAGUUUCCACUAAUGAUGAACUGGGAUUGGAUUCUAAAUGCAUUGUUAAGCUAGGACUGGCUAAUUUGUUCGCCAAACCGAUUGAGACUUUACAAAUUAUGGAAACCGAAGGCUUUACAAUAAAUUUCUUUACCAAUUGGUUCAAUGAGAAGUUUUACAGUGUGUUCGUUAUUAAACUACAAAUAUUGGUCAUUCUGACUCUUUUGAAGUUAUCUGAAAUUCCUGAUACCGUUAACGCACUGUUGAAUAAUUUGACUAACAAAUUGGUUGAACUGACACUAUCAUUACCGAAAGCCAUUAGAAACCGCGAUGCUGUCACGGAAGGUAAGUCCUUGGAGGGAGAUUUGACGCCGGAAGAGGAAGAAGAAUACUUUAUCGAAUGUGAUGACGAUAUGAAGGAGACUGUGUUAGACCAAAUCAAUAUCUUCCAGGAAGUACAUGCCUUCUUCAAUAAUCUACAAAAUGAAGAUGCAGGUAAGUAUGAAAAAAUUAUAAAUUAUCUGGAUGAAUCUAAAAAAGACUCGUUGCAAGUAAUUUUAGAGUUUGUUUCCCAACACUAA